AAACAUUGGUCUUAUACUAAAAUUCAAUUAUCAAUGUCUUUGGAUAUUGAUAAACAUACAAAAUUUCAUUUACGACAUUUAAAAAUGCUUCCGCAUGACUAUUUAUUUUCAGAUACAAGCCGAAUGAGUAUAUGUUUUUUUUGUAUCUGUUCGCUUGAUCUUCUUGGUUCAUUAGAAACGUCUACAACAUCUUUACAAAGGAAAAACUGGAUAGAUUGGAUAUAUUCAUGUCAAGUAUCAAAUGGAUUUCGUGAUUGGCCUACAACAGAAUCUUUUCAACCUUCAUGUCAUGAUUUAGUGCAUAUAGUUUCUACAUAUUUUGCAAUAUGUAUUCUCCUAAUUCUUAAAGAUGAUAUGAAAAGGUUAAAUAAGAAAAAUAUCAUACAAUUAAUUGUACAUUUACAGAAUAAAGAUGGAAGUUUUCGUCCAUGUUUAGGAAGUGACAAAAAUAUACAACGUUUAGAAAAAACAGAUAUAAGAUUUACUUAUUGUUCAAUUGCUACUCUUUAUAUCCUUGGAUGCAAAAAUAUAGAUAAAUUUAUACAUAUAGAAUCUCUUCUGAAAUAUAUAGAAUCUUGUAAAUCAUAUGACCAUGGAUUUUCAGAGAAUCCAAAAAAAGAGUCGCAUGCAGGGUAUACCUAUUGUGCAAUUGCUUCACUUAGUUUACUCAAAAAUAUGUCACCUUUUAUAAAUAAAAAACUAUCAUCUUUAUGUUUAGAAAAAACUAUAAAUUGGCUGCUGAAAAAACAAUUAUCAAAUAUUGAUGAUUAUGGAGGGUUUUCAGGUAGAACAAAUAAAUCUUCUGAUACUUGUUAUUCUUUUUGGGUUGGAGCGGCAUUAAAAUGUCUUCAAGGCGAUACGGAUUUAAUCUCUGAAGAAUCCUGUAAAGGAUUCCUUUUAAAUAGGACUCAUAGUAUAGGAGGGUUUAUAAAAUCUGAAGGCGAACAUCCAGAUGUAAUGCAUUCCUAUUUUGGUCUUGCUGCACUUUCUAUUUUUGGUGAGAAAAAUGUUCAAGAGAUUGAACCGGCUCUUGGUAUUUCAAAAAGUUCAUUACAAGGUCUAAAAAUAUUAAAUGAAAAUCUUUUUUUUUGA